AUGCCCGCCCUGCCCGCCGCCCUGCCCGCCGCCCUGCUCGCCCUCCUGCUCCACGCUCACCUCUGCAGGCCGGCGCCGCUGAACGGAUCGAAGUGGUCCUACUUUGGUCCUGACGGAGAAAAGGGGUGGCCAAAGAAGUACCCCUUUUGUGGAGGAGUCUUCCAGUCUCCCAUUGACUUCCACAAUGACAUCCUCCAGUUCGACUCCACCCUCCGGCCAGUAGAACUGGAAGGCUACAACGUCUCUUCUGAUGUCAAGUUCCUCUUGACCAAUAACGGGCAUUCAGUAAAAAUGAAUCUCUCUUCGGCCAUGCGCAUCCGGAAUUUCUCCUUCCGGUACUCGGCAGCGCAACUCCACUUACACUGGGGAAACCGGAACAAGCAGGAAGGAUCCGAGCACACGAUCAGCGGGAGGCAUUUUGCUGCUGAACUGCACAUUGUCCAUUACAACGCUGACCAAUAUCUAGAUCUGAAAUCGGCCAUCGACAAGCCCAACGGGCUGGCAGUCUUGGCAGUCCUGAUGGAGGAGGGAGAUUUCAACCCAUCCUUUGAGAAGAUCUUCAGCCAUUUCCAACAUGUGAAGUACAAAGAUCAAGAAACAAUUGUUCCAGGUUUCAACGUCCGAGAUUUGCUCCCAGAUAGACUGGAUGACUACUACCGCUAUGAAGGGUCUCUGACCACUCCUCCAUGCUAUCCAAGUGUCCUCUGGACAGUUUUCCGAAAACCCGUAGAAGUUUCAGCGCAGCAGCUGCUGGCGCUCGAAACCACCCUCUACUGCACAGAGUCCAGCGACCCCGCCCCUCUGGAAAUGGUGGACAACUUCCGGAGAGUUCAGGAAUUUGACGAGAGGAUGGUUUCCGUCUCCUUCCAACAAGAUCCAGCUCCGGUUGAACGCAGCAGCCCAGGUUUUGUCCUCUUUGUGGUAUUAGCCAGUGUCCUGGGCAUCGUCUUUGUCACCAUGGCAGCCUUCUGGCUGACUCGAAGGCAGAGCCUCCAAAGGGCCAAGGAAGAGAAAGGGGUAAUCUAUAAGCCCGCGGUCACCAAGGAGGAAGAGGAGGAGGAGGAGGAGAAGAACAUCUCCAAGGCUUAAACCUCCGCAGUGCUCAAGCUUCACAUACCCUUAACAGCUGGAUGAGCCAAGCGUUGCUCUCUCUGGGCUGUCGGCCAAGUGGGGCUUUGUGUACAGGAUUUUAAUGGGCGGAGACAAGGUGUGAAAAAAACCUCCCUCCAAAGAAUCAGAUAAUUUCUAGGAGAGGUUCAGGGCUUUGCUUAAGAUUAUAGCAUCUAAGUAUGGUAGUUAUGAAUAAUCAUAAUAUUCUGCCUCAGAAAGGCUGCUGUGUAUCUACUGAAUAGAUGAAUUUCCUUCCAGCUCCCAUAAAAUAAUUACUGCUGAUAUUAGGAAAAGAUCACCAGGAUAUUUAAGUGUUCCUGGUAACGUCUUAAGGGCACAGGUCUCCAAACUUGGCAAAUUUUAAGACUUGUAGGCUUCAACAUUCCUAAGUUUGGCUGGCUGAGGAAUUCUGGGAGUUGAAGUCCUCAAGUCUUAAAGUGGCCACGUUUGGUGAGCCCUCCCUGUCUUAGAGGCCUAAUUCAGUCCUUUUUGAAGUCCUGCUGAUUUUAACAGGAAACAUGUGUCUUUUUCAUCUCUUCUAUUUAAGUCUAAAAUAAGCUAUAUUAAACAUGGCUUCUAAGAAAUACACGGGGGCUUAUCCCAUGAUGUAGAAUUUGAGCUAUGUGCUGUGCUUGGGUCUCUGGAAGUGAAGACCACGCACCUCAGGAUGAAGGCAGCUACUCCAACUGAAGGUCAGAUGAAAUAUUCUGGUCCUGUCUACCCUGAAAUCAGGGGGGGGGGGGUUGAUGUAAUUGGAGAGCUCCAUCCAUAGUUUCCUUCCUACAGUGACUUAUAAGGAAGCUGCAGGUUUGAAGAAUCUAUUAUGAUGAAAGUCUCCUAUAGAUAAUGUGUAAUUUUAUGUAGCAUCAUACAAUAAAUAUUUUGGUUAAGA